AUGGAAUUCAUUAACGAACAAUCUUCCUUGCUGGCUACGGUUAAGAAAACUCUUCGCAACUACAAAAAGGACUCUACUACUCGAAGAACCGAGGCAUAUUUUAAGACACGGUUGGAAAUGUUGGCAUCACUCCGAGCGGAGUUCCGAGAAAAUCAUCGCCAAAUCAUGCGUUUGGAUGCUAACGAGGAUAUUAAGGAGAAAUAUCUCGAUAUCGAUUUGAACGACCAGUUUGAAGAACAGUACUUAGAACCAGUGUCCACUGUGCGAGCAGCGUUUGAAAGUGCCUACCUCGUAGUAACUGUAGCUGCUGAAAGCAAUACUCUUUCGUCAAAUAUUAAUGUGCCGGUUGCGGUUUCCAAUCCCAGUUACGAAGUGCCGUUGCCUGAAGUCAAACUACCUAUGUUUGAUGGUAAUUAUGUUGAGUGGCCUACCUUCAAAGAAAUGUUUAUUGCUCGAGUUCACGACAGUAAUCGGCUUAAUGAUAGUCAACGUUUGCAUUACCUUAAAGGAGCUCUAUCGGGUGCCCCAGCAAAGGAUAUCGAACAUCUCAGCCCAUUAGGGGAAAAUUAUGCAGAUGCCUGGAAAAUGCUCUGCGACUUAUAUGAUAACAAGCGUAUACUAUUCUCGCAUUUCAUGGAUGUUUUUGAACGGCAGCCUGAUGUUCUUCCUAAUGAUGCCGCAUCUUUGAGACAAUUCACACAAACUUGUCGUUCUUGUGUAAAGUCUAUACAGAAACUCGGCGUUGACCUAGAAUCACAAAAUCAGGUUCUCGUGUACUACAUGUUGCUUCAUUUCAUCAAGAGUGGGACCGAGCGAUGA